UCCCGCAUUCUCAGCCAGGUGCUGUGCUCGGCCGGGCCGCUCCGGGAAAGCCGCGGGAGGGGCGGGGGCAGCCCAGGCCCGAGACACCGCGGAGAAGAGAACCCGAGAAGGCGAAGGCGGAGAGGGGGGGGGGAGGAGGAGCUUCCUGCCCUCGCCCGAAAAUUACCUGGCCACUUAAUCCCAGGGACUCAGGGAUUUGGCCCCCUGCCUCCUGCAGCGCCCGCGGCCCCCCGACCGGCCGCCCUCUCCUCCCCCGUCCCCUGCUGUCCCCACUCUCUCUCUCUCUCUCCCGGGCCAGCCUGGGUGCCGGGACUGGCAUGAUCAGCUGAACUUUGUGGGGUGAGCGCUUCUCUCUGGCUUCCCCUCCGCGGCGCCCAGGCGAGGGGAACGCAGAGCCCGGGCUCAGGACCCACAGCCCGGCGGAUCGACGACCGCGCCCCUGCUCGUCUGCAGGGCCCCUGCACCGCCGCCCCCUCGCGCCCAGCCUCCGGGACCAUGUCCAAACCUUCCGACCACAUCAAGCGUCCCAUGAACGCCUUCAUGGUGUGGUCCCGAGGCCAGCGGCGCAAGAUGGCCCAGGAGAACCCCAAGAUGCACAACUCCGAGAUCAGCAAACGCCUGGGUGCCGAGUGGAAGCUUCUGUCCGAGGCGGAGAAGCGACCGUACAUCGACGAAGCCAAAAGGCUCCGCGCCCAGCACAUGAAGGAGCACCCUGACUACAAGUACCGGCCGCGGCGUAAGCCCAAGAACCUGCUUAAGAAGGACAGGUAUGUCUUCCCCCUGCCCUACCUGGGCGACACGGACCCGCUCAAGGCGGCCGGCCUGCCCGUGGGGGCCUCCGACGGCCUCCUGAGCGCGCCCGAGAAAGCCCGGGCCUUCUUGCCGCCCGCCUCGGCGCCUUACUCCCUGCUGGACCCCGCGCAGUUUAGCUCGAGUGCCAUCCAGAAGAUGGGCGAAGUGCCCCACACCUUGGCCACCAGCGCGCUGCCCUACGCGUCCACCCUGGGCUACCAGAACGGCGCCUUCGGCAGCCUCAGCUGCCCCAGCCAGCACACGCACACGCACCCGUCCCCCACCAACCCGGGCUACGUGGUGCCCUGUAACUGUACCGCCUGGUCGGCCUCCACCUUGCAGCCCCCGGUCGCCUACAUCCUCUUCCCCGGCAUGACCAAGACUGGCAUAGACCCUUAUUCGUCAGCCCACGCCACGGCCAUGUAACCCCCAGCCCGGCCAGCCAGACCUGGAGGGCGACCAGGAUGCGAGAUCUGCACCCGGCCCUGUGCUCCUCGCCCCAGCCUGCGGACGCCUGGGGGUCAGACCUGCCAGCCACUGUCUACCCCACCCCAGACUCUGCCUCUUCCAGGUGCCUGGGAGGGGUGUCCUCCGGGACCGGGGCGCGGAUGGGUGCCAGAAACUUGCAAACCAUAUGACAGCUCUACAGCUGCCCCUGCCCCUGCCGUUCCCAAACAAAUCUCGACUGUAUCCCCUUUGGACAAAAAAGAAAAAGAAAAAAAAGUAGGCAGUUUUGCUUUAUAUUUAUGUUCCCCUUCUAACUCCUCUGAUGGGCUUUGGACUCCGGAACGCCCAUAUCCUGGCAUUAUAUCUAGAGUAUGCUCUUUUAGUUUUUCCUCUUGCAUUCUGAAGAAAAGAGUUAGCUGUGUCUCUGUGUUUUGCCCUCAGACACAGCUAGGCACCAUUUGCUCUUUGUGGUGUGGGGGGGAAAGGCUUAAAGUUCAAAACUACAGAAAGGAAAGCAUUUCGAUUUAACCCAUGCUAUCAUAGUGUUUGCUUCUUUCAAGGUGAAACAAAAGGACCCACAUGGUUAUUUACUUUGUAUAAAGCAGUGCUCCUAGAGUCCUAAGUUUACUUUUAGACAGAAUACUGGGUUAUGAAGUCAGGAAGUAGAAAGUGAACGAAAAUGAAAAGAAUCGAAACAUCCUAAAUGGUCAUGAAUGUUUUGAAGAUGUCUUGGAAAUGUAUCUAGAAGGAAUUCAUCUCCUUAUUCUGUUCAUUUGUUGAACAAAGAUGUUUUGA